AUGGCUCAACUUCAAGGCAAAGUUAUCGCUAUAACCGGUGCAGGGUCUGGGAUUGGACUUGCAACCGCUCGGGAAUGUGCCGCUCGAGGAGCAUCCUUGUCUCUAUGCGAUAUAAACCAGGACGGCCUGAACAAGAUAGUGGAAGAGCUUAAGGCCAAAGGUGUCAAUGUCACGGGAACACGUGUCGACGUGUCCAAAUCAGACAGCGUGGAUGGGUGGAUCGUAGACACAGUGAAACAUUUCGGGAAACUGGAUGGCGCCGCGAACGUGGCGGGGGUCGAGACAAAACCGGGAGGGAAAAUCUUUGCAAAUAUCGUAGAUAUUUCGAACGACCACUGGGAUUUCAUCUUGGGCAUCAACUUGACCGGGCUUUUCUACUGCCUCCGAGCGGAACUUCGAGUGAUGGAAAGAGGAGCGUCAAUCUUAAAUGUUGCCAGCAUGGCUGGACUGAUGGGACGCCCUGGAAUUGCUGCCUACAGCACGAGCAAACAUGGAGCGAUUGGACUCACCAGGACAGCUGCGAAGGAGGUGGGAGAGAGAGGAAUCCGAGUCAACGCUCUUGCACCGGGACCUGUGGACACGCCUAUGUUGACCAGACUUGUAUCGGAUGGCGGAGAAAAUCGACCUGUCACAAACACAUACAAGACCUUGCCAUUGCAGCGACUGGGCACUCCCGAAGAGUUGGCCAAAACAAUCUGUUUCGUCCUCAGCGAUGAUUCAAGCUUUACCACUGGGGCAACUUUCUCCGUUGACGGCGGUGUAGUAUGUUGA